GGAGCUUGCCGCCCGCAGGGGUUACUGAGGAAAGGAGAACACGUGGCUCUCCGAAACCUGCGCACGCGCUGUGACCUCCCCCAACCCGUGGGAGGCGCGCGCGCGCGGUCAGCAAAAUAUCUAUUCCUCAGACCCGCCCUCUUCGUCUACUUCACUGAGAGGAGGCGAGGGGACAGCAGAGGGAAGCGUGGGGCUAAGUGGGCGGGGCGUCGCGCUAGAGCGCGGCCUGCAAAAGAAGGGCGGGGGAGGGACAGAUUUGAGACAACGUUACCCCGUCAACACCCAAUCAGGAGCCGGCCUGACCCCGCCUCCUCCCCUCACGUUAUUGGCUGAGAGGCCCCAAUUGGGCGGGGCCUACCGUGGGGUUGGGGAGGGCAGGGGGCGGGGAGGAGGAGGAAGGCGCUGGCGGGCAGUGAUGGCGGCGGGUGAUGGGGACGUGAAGCUAGGCACCCUGGGGAGUGGCAGUGAGAGCAGCAGCGACGGCAGCAGCGAGAGCCCGGGCGGCGCGGGAGCAACAGCAGAAGGGGGAGGCUGGGCGACAGCGGCUUUGGCGCUUCUGACGGGGGGCGGGGAGAUGCUGCUGAACGUGGCGCUGGUGGCGCUGGUGCUGCUGGGGGCCUACCGGCUGUGGGUGCGCUGGGGGCGGCGGGGUCUGGGCACUGGGGCCGGGGCAGGCGAGGAGAGCCCCGCCGCCUCUCUGCCUCGCAUGAAGAAGCGGGACUUCAGCCUGGAGCAGCUACGCCAGUACGACGGGUCCCGGACCCCGCGCAUCCUGCUCGCGGUCAAUGGGAAAGUCUUCGACGUGACCAAAGGCAGCAAGUUCUACGGCCCGGCGGGACCAUAUGGAAUAUUUGCGGGUAGGGAUGCCUCCAGAGGACUGGCAACAUUUUGCCUAGAUAAAGAUGCACUUAGAGAUGAAUAUGAUGAUCUCUCUGAUUUGAACGCAGUACAAAUGGAGAGUGUCCGAGAAUGGGAAAUGCAGUUUAAAGGCUGGUCUCAACUCCUGAGCUCAAGCAAUCCACCCACCUGAGCCUCCCAGAGUGCUAGGAUUACAGGUGUGAAUCUUUUAUUCUUUAAACUUGUGUGUAUUAACUUUUAAAACUGAAUUGAUUAUAACUAGAGUACCUAUAUUAGCAAUUUAUUCUGAACUGAUUGUAUUGGUCAUACCCUUGAACUAUAAAGAAAAAAUAUUGUUCUCCUUUAUGGUACCCUCGUGACAUCAGUUGUACCACUUGUGUGACACUGUGGUAUUUAUCUGACCCCUGGAUCUGGCUUGAUACUUGUCCUGGUUAUAGUGUAUGAAGCAGUCCUCUUAUUAAAUCCUCUUGACAGUUAAUUUACUUAAUGUAGGUUUUAAUUCCUGACCAAGAAACAAUUAACUAUAUAUCACCUUCUACAGACAGCAUCCCAAAUUAACCACCUAGUAACAUAAAAACCACCAAAAUAAUAGAUCCAAGAAGGAGAAUUUAAUAAGGGAAAGAUUAACAAUAUGACAGGUCACACACCAAGAUCUCAAAGAACACAGGGUAACAAGUAACAAAUUAAUUUUUAUCUCCUCAUUUAGUUUAUUUUAUGUCUCAUUUUCUCUCCAAGAAUAUUUCCCAGUGUAUCUCUUUACUGGGUGAUUCUCCACCUAGCAAACUCUUCCACCCCUUCUUCAGCACCAAGAAAGUCACCAUUUCCUUUUACUUUGGCUUCACAACUCCAGGAUACGAGCCCCCAAUUUUUUUUAUCUCACUUCUAUGUUAAGUCCUAUAUAUUUACAGAUUUUUAGAUAACUAUUGGAAAUUCUCUACAUUACCAACUCAUUAAUUAUAAUAUUUUUGAUCUAUAAGAAUUAAAGUUCUAUCCUGAGACUUACAGUGCAUGUUAGGGUUAGGCUAGUUUUAAAGUACCUGCCCCCAGACCUAACCCAAGAGCCUGGGCUUGGUAACUCUGAGAACACUAUUGGACGUGUAUUUUUUUAAAAAGAUCUCCAAAUGAUUCGAUGCAGUGUCCAAUUAAGAACCACUUAUACUGGGUGGCGCCUGUGGCUUAAGGAGUAGGGCGCCAGCCCCAUAUACUGGCGAUGGUGGGUUCAAACCCGGCCCCGGCUAAAAACUGCAAAAAAAAAAGAAAAAAAAAAAAAGAACCACUUAUACAGAACAGUAAUUCCCAAGCCAUUUAUGUUCCAUGACACAGUUUUCUUGGCUUGGUGCCCAUAGCUCAGUGGUUAGGGUGCCAGCCACAUGCAGCAGGGGUUGUGGGUUCGAACCCAGCCAGGGCCUGCUAAACAACGACAACAACAAAAAAAAAAAGCCAGGCAUUGUGGCAGGUGCCUGUAAUCCCAGCUACUGGGAGGCUGAGACAAGAGAGUCACUUAAGCCCAAGAGUUUGAGGUUGCUGUGAGCUGUGACGCCAUGGCACUCUACCAAGGGCGACACAGUGAGACUCUGUCUCAAAAAGAAAGAUACAGUUUUCUUUUGUUCAAGCUUUACAUGUGUAUAAAGACCAGCCAUAGUAAAGCAAUAAGAAGAAUUUAGCUUAUUCUACAUGAUUCUAAAAUCAUUCUUGCUAGGCACAGUGGCUCAUGCCUGUAAUCCUAGCCCUCUGGGAGGCCAAGGUAGGUGGAUUUCCUGAGCUCACAGGUUCAAGACCAGCCUGAAUAAGAGCGAGACCCCAUCUCUAAAAAUAUCUGGGCGUAGUGGCGGGCACCUAUAGUCCCAGCUACUUGGGAGGCUGAGGCAAGAGAAUCGCUUGAGCCCAGGAGUUUGAGGUUCCUAAGAAAAGGUCAGGAAUUAAGGGGCAAAUGCCUUUUCUCUGUAUAAUGGGAUAGUGAAACAAAUUUGAUUGCUA